AUGACGGGAUCUCAACUCCAGGGGCAAGCGGCUCCGGUCAGCAAAGAUGAGCACCACAAUAACAACCGUCCCCCCACGCCAGCAGAAGCAGAACGGCUCGCCCUCCAAAGACAAAAAUCGAUAGAACAAGCCAUCGACGAAGGUCACGACGCCGACAUCCCAUCCGACAUCGGCUACGUGUUAGACGAACAAGGCGAGAAGCGUCGCAAAGAGGCCAUCCGGCGUAACUCUCUCGCCCGGGCACGGAGUCAUGCCAGCCAUACCAGUCACCAUGACCAUCACCACUAUGAUCACGACGUAGAGAAGGAAGCAGCUGGCACAUCUUCCUCUUCCCACAACCCACAAGACACCUCAGGCGUCGUCACUUCAGAGGAAGACGACGCCAACAUAGUCUGGUGGCACGAAAACGACCCCGAGAACCCCUACAACUGGCCGCGCUGGCAAAAGAUCCUCAACGUGGGUCUCAUCAGCGCGCAGACCUUCAUCGCCCCUUUGGCCUCUUCUAUCUUUGCCCCCGGCGUGCCCGCCGUGAUGAAAGAAUUCCACAACUCCUCCCCGGAACUGGCCUCCUUCGUGGUAUCGGUGUACAUCCUCGGUUUCGCUGCGGGGCCCCUGGUGAUCGCUCCGCUGAGCGAGAUCUAUGGACGGCUGAUCGUUUACCACGUGUGCAACGUGUGUUUUAUUGCGUUUCUCAUUGCGUGUGCCGAGGCGCCGAGUUUCAACGCGCUGAUUGCUUUCCGCUUCUUGUCGGGCAUCUUUGGUUCUUGCGCGGUUACCAACGGCGGCGGGACGAUUUCCGACAUGAUCACGCAGGAGAAGCGGGCGAACGCCAUGGCGCUCAUGACCAUGGGCGUGCUUCUGGGGCCCAUCAUCGCGCCCAUCAUCGGUGGCGUCAUCAGCGACUCGAGUCUGGGCUGGCGCUGGGUCUUUUGGAUCUUGACGAUCCUGGCGGGCGUGGUGGCACUUUGCAUGCUCGUGUUUGGAAGGGAGUCGUACGCUCCCAUUUUGCUGCAGGGGAGGGUCGACAGGCUGAGGAAGGAGACGGGUAAUGAGCUGUUGAGGAGUAAGCUGGAUAUCGGGCUGAGCCCAAAGGAUUACUUCAAGCGCAGCAUUGUGCGGCCGCUGAAGAUGCUGGUGUUGAGCCCGAUUUGCAUCAUUUUUGCGAUUUAUAUUGCUAUCGUGUAUGGGUACAUGUACCUCAUGUUCACCACAAUCUCGAGGGUGUUUACUAACCCGGAUACCUAUAACUUUGGCACCAAGAUUGUCGGCCUGGUCUUCGUCGGCAUGGGCGUCGGUUCCCUCCUGGGCCUCGUUUUCUUCAGCGUCGCUAGUAACCGCAUCAUGAAGGCCAAAGUCGGCCCAGACGGCAAGGGGCAAUGUACUCCCGAGGAUCGGCUGAAGUACCAUGUCCACUGGAUCGUGCCGAUUAUGAGCCACGCUCUCAUCGGGUUCGGCAACAUUGUUAUUUUUAUGGCUAUCAGCAUGGCCCUGAUUGACACGUUCACCAUCUACGCUGCGUCUGCCCUGGCGGCCAACACGGUGGCGAGAAGUGUCUUUGGAGCAGUCCUUCCCAUCUUCGGCUUGCGAAUGUACGACACGCUUGGGUUGGGAUGGGGAAACAGUCUGUUGGCGUUCAUCGCCGUGGCCUUGAUCCCGGUGCCAUUUUUGCUGAUCCGAUAUGGUGAGUUGCUGCGGACAAGGUAUGAGAUCAAAAAACCUCUAGGUGAGUAG